AUGAGAGUCUCGAAGAGUCAAAAAGUUGAGUUUCAUCUUCCACAUAAGGCUUUAUAUACAGGAGCAGAGGCAGGCAAGAGCCCUGCUCAUGAGGGAGACUGUUCUGCAGGACCGGCUGCGUGCUCCUGUGAGCGAGAAGAUCCAGGUGAUCUGAAGGAACUAGAGAUGGCCUCUCUGCCUGUUGUUACAACCCAGCCUCAAUAUGGCGUGCCUGUUUCAUCCAUAUCGAGAAACACGUGGCAGACAGGGCUGAUGGACUGUUGCACUGACUGUGGCGUGUGCCUCUGCGGGACGUUCUGCUUUCCUUGUCUUGGAUGUCAGGUGGCUGGGGAUAUGAGCGAGUGCUGCUUGUGCGGUACCAGCGUGGCGAUGAGGACCCUCUACCGCACCAGAUACAGUAUCCCGGGGUCCAUUUGCUCUGACUUCUGCAUCACCCUGUGUUGUCCUGUGUGCUCUGUUUGUCAAAUAAAGAGAGAUAUUAACAGGAGGAGAGCACUUGGCAUAUUCUGGUAAGUUUGGCUGAUUG